UGUUUGUGGAUUAGCCUUUGAGCGUCAGCGGUGUUUCGGUUUUGGCGAGUCGAAAAAGUCAUUGUCAUGGCAUCUGAGCGUUAUAGUUUUUCUUUAACAACAUUCAGCCCUUCGGGGAAGUUGGUACAGAUUGAAUAUGCUCUCGCAGCAGUGGCCGCUGGAGCUCCUAGCGUUGGCAUUAAGGCGUCGAAUGGGAUCGUCCUUGCCACAGAAAACAAACAUAAAUCUAUACUUUAUGAUGAGCACAGCGUGAACAAAGUUGAGAUGAUUACCAAGCACAUCGGCAUGGUCUACAGUGGAAUGGGACCGGAUUAUCGUUUGCUUGUAAAGCAAGCACGUAAAAUGGCACAGCAGUACUAUCUGGUGUAUCAAGAACCGAUUCCAACUGCUCAACUUGUUCAGCGAGUUGCUAUGUUGAUGCAAGAGUACACGCAAUCGGGAGGCGUGCGACCCUUCGGCGUAUCUCUGCUGAUCUGUGGAUGGGACAAUGGAAGACCUUAUCUCUUCCAGUGUGAUCCGUCGGGUGCGUAUUUUGCGUGGAAGGCAACAGCAAUGGGAAAAAACUUCAUCAAUGGCAAGACUUUCCUUGAGAAACGAUACAGCGAAGAUUUAGAGCUGGACGACGCCGUUCACACUGCCAUUUUGACUCUGAAGGAGGGCUUUGAAGGUCAGAUGACUGCUGAUAACAUCGAAGUUGGUAUCUGUGAUGCUAACGGUUUUCGAAGAUUAGACCCCUCUAAUGUCAAGGAUUACCUAGCCAACAUCCCCUAAUUUAUAGAUUUUUUAUGUCAAUAUUAUCUUCUUAUACAUUAAAAAGAAAAUCAAACAGAUUCAAGUUUUCUUUCAAUAUCCGCUGACUAGGCAUACGGAAAUUUAGGAUUAUCUUAUUCGUUGCUAAUGUUGAACAUCUAUUUUGAGGUAAUAAAUGAAAUCAUUUUAAAUAUGCGUUC